AAAACAUUACACGCGUUGGGCAACAUUUAAGCAAAGAACAAUUAUAACAAGCAGUUCUUACAAAUAAUAUUGUGACAAUAACAACAACAACAACAACACAAUUAGUUAUAGCAUAAACAUAGGCGCUUGGAUAUAGUUGAUUUACUUCCGUAAAAGCAGUGAAACAUACACUUCUACAAUGAAGUUAGCACCUGUGCGACGUGCCACGCAACGACUGUUAGCUAGCAAUUAGCCCUGGCAUUUGGAGUGCUUGCCUUUCGUGCGCGCUUGUCUAGCUUUUAUGAGCAUCGGCUUACGGUAUUUGUUAUUUGUGCAUUAAAUGGCAAGCAGUUAAAAAACCGGCAACGGAAGUGCAUGUAAAUCACACAUACACACACUCACACUCAAACAAAGUGAAAACGCCACCGUUGCAAGGCAACAAAAAAUAAAUAAAAGUAACAAUAAACGCGAAAACAAUACGGCGGUGCAAACAAUAACAACAAAGUGCGCCGACAGUGUGUGUGUGUAGAAAGUAAAGGAAACAAAUAAAUAGUGAAAAUCACAGCAAGGCGACGAAGUGUGCAGUAAACACUCAUAAAAAGUGAAACAGCAAUAAAGUUUAUUAAGCGCGACGACUGCUGCGAUACCGACGCACAGUGUGCCAAUGCCCAACAUGUGUUUGGUGAAAAUUGUGAGUGCUUAGAAGUGGAAAAAAAUCAAUUAGGAAAUUAGUGGCAUUGAAACAACUUUGUGUGCGCAAUAAAUGAAAACUUUCGAAAUAUGGUCGAGCACACAUACAUACACACAUAUGUAUGUCUGAAGUGCCGACGGUAAACAAAAAUAAAAUCAAAUAAAUUUCGGCCGGUGCAGAGAUAGGCAAAAAUUGCAACCGACGACCAUGAAAAGUUGUGUGAAAGUAAAAAGCUUAAAAAUAGUUUCUGCAAAUGGGACUUCACGAGGAAUGCAACACUUGACAAGCCAGCAGUAGUUGCGGCUUAGAGCAGUCGCUUGAAAAUAAUAGCAGCAACAGCAACAGUAAUCACAAGAACAAUAACCACAGCACAGCAAGCGGCCGGAGCAAAAUAGCAAAACAUUGAGAACAAUCAAGCAGCUGCACAAUCGCAUUUGUGUAUUUAACAAUUUUCACAUACGCACACACACACACACACAUACGUGCAUACGUAGCAACGCCAUACACCACAUACGAAUGAAAAAUGAAGCUGACGGAGUUGCUGUCCUACUUUUGCCUCUUGCUAUGCGCCAGGACACAAGUGAUAUUGGCAGUUAGUUGGGAAGAAUGGUGGACCUAUGAUGGCAUAUCAGGUCCUGCCUUUUGGGGUCUUAUCAACCCAGAGUGGUCGCUCUGUAAUAAAGGGCGUCGACAAUCGCCGGUGAAUCUAGAACCACAACGCUUAUUAUUUGAUCCCAACCUGAGACCGCUGCAUAUCGAUAAACAUAGAAUAAGUGGUCUAAUCAGCAAUACUGGUCAUAGUGUCAUUUUCACCGCUGGCAACGAAACGGUUGCGAACUAUGAUGGCAUGCAAACGCCAGUUAAUAUAUCCGGCGGACCAUUAUCGUAUAGAUAUCGAUUUCAUGAAAUUCACAUACAUUAUGGAUUACAUGAUCAGUUUGGCUCAGAGCAUAGCGUGGAUGGCUAUACAUUCCCGGCGGAGAUCCAAAUAUUCGGCUACAAUUCACAACUCUAUGCAAAUUUCUCGGACGCUUUGAACCGAGCGCAAGGCAUUGUUGGAGUCUCAAUUUUACUUCAGCUCGGUGAUCUGUCCAAUCCGGAAUUGCGUAUGCUUACCGAUCAAUUGGAACGCAUACGUUUCGGUGGCGAUGAAGCGUUCGUCAAGCGUCUGUCCAUACGCGGUCUGCUAUCGGAGACGGAUCAAUAUAUGACCUAUGAUGGCUCGACAACAGCACCCGCCUGUCAUGAGACUGUGACGUGGGUUGUUCUAAACAAACCUAUUUACAUAACCAAACAACAGUUGCACGCCCUAAGACGCUUAAUGCAAGGUAGCCCCGAUCACCCCAAAGCACCGCUAGGCAAUAAUUAUAGACCACCACAACCGCUACUGCACCGGCCUAUUCGAACCAACAUCGAUUUCAAAACAUCAAAAGUGAAUGGCAAAGCUGCGUGUCCCACCAUGUAUCGCGAAGUGUAUUAUAAAGCUACAAGUUGGAGACAGCAUUGAGGCGUAUCUCGGCAAUAAAUAGCAGCAUUAGCAACAGCAAUCAAAGCCAAUCGCAGUUGCCACUUCAACUUACAUAGUAUUUAAAUAUAAGCAUAUAUUUGCACACACUUAUACAGACAUAUGUACGUAAGUACACGUAAAUCGGCGUGCAACAGGAGCUUCCAUAAAUUUAAAUAAACAAAUAAAUAUUUAUAUUAGCAUUGUAAUUGUAAUGAAAUUAUUGUAUUGCAUGUGCAUAGCUGAGUUACAAUGAAACACAUAUAAACUAUACAGUUGUAGCAGCAUAUAAAAGUUACGUAAAUAUAAUCUACGUAUGUAUAUGUAGUUGUAGCAUAGCAAAUAAAUUAGACUAAGAAUAUUAGUCACAGCAAGUAAUUGUGCAGCUAAAAUAAGUGAACAGAAUUGGUGUGAAGAGAAAUGGGCAAAGAGUAGCAAAUGGCCUGCAAAGGCACAAACACAUAUACACAU